CUAAACGUGCCUUUUAUAGGACGGCCAGCGGCGGGGCGGGCACGCAGUAUACUUUGGCAACCCAGGUCCAGACGUCUCUGUGCACGCUAAUGACUUGAAUUUUAGCACUUAGGCUUAUUCUUGAUACCUAGCAGCCAUGGCGGCAGAAAGAAAGCUCAAAGCUGAGAUAGACCGCACCCUGAAGAAGGUGCAGGAGGGCCAGGAGGUAUUCGACGAGAUAUGGAACCAGUACCUGGCGCAUAAGCAGGCGCAUGACCAGGAGAACCAGAACCAGCGUGACAAGCUGGAGGGCGAGCUGAAGAAGGAGAUUAAGAAGCUACAGCGCUUGCGAGAGCAAAUUAAGGGAUGGAUUGCUGGUGCGGAUAUCAAGGACAAGCAGCCACUGAUCGACGCGCGCAAGUCGAUAGAGCGGGACAUGGAGCGCUUCAAAGCGUGCGAAAAGGAGUCCAAAGCCAAAGGCAACGCAGCUGGAGGUGCUGACCGGGACCCGAAGCAGCGGGCCAAGGACGAGGCGCGGGACUGGAUCAACACAGUUGUGGACCAACUCACGGAGAAGGUGGAGACCAUGGAGGCGGAGAUGGAGGAGCUCCAGGCGAACGUGAAGAAGCGGCAGAAGCCGCCGGCCCGGCUGACGGCGCUGGAGGAGACGGUGGGGCGGCACAAGGAGCAUGUGGACCGGCUGGAGAAGGUGCUGCGCUGCAUCGACAACGAGACCAUCCAGCCCGACGAGCUGUCCGACCUGAAGGAGGACAUGGACAUGUACCUGGGCUCUGAGGACGGCGACGACAGCGGCAUGGACAUGACCCAUGUGGACGACAUGUACGUCAUGUUCCAGGACCGGCUAGACGCGGUGGACAACGCCGCACCCGCCGCGCCGCUUCACAGCGUCAAGCACGGCAAGGGCGCACGCGAAAAGGAGCUGGAGGAGGCGAGGGAAAAGGAGCGAGAGCGGGAGCGCGCGGCAGCGGCAGCGGCCAAGGCGCAACUCAUUGCGCAGGGCAACACCAACCUGAAGCUGCACGAUGAUGACGAGGUGCGCAAGCCCGGCCCCACGCCCCCCGCGACCGGCAAGGGCGGCGCCGCGACGGCAGCAGCGGCGGGGCUACCCAUGGCGGUGCCGCCGUUGGCGGCGCCGGCACCCGCGGUGGCGGCGGGCAGCGCGCGGCAAACGGCGCCGCCCACGCCGGCCAAGGAGCCAGACUCGGGGACGGUGACGCCUCGCACGACGGCCGUGGUGCCGGUGGCGGCUUCGCCCGGGCCCGGGCUGGUCACGGCCACAUCCGAAACCCUCUCUCCGCUCCCACCCCGCGGCGCGCCGCCGGGCGUGCCCGCUCCUCCUGGCCCCAGCCAGCCGCCCGCACCGGGCACGCAGUUAGGGCCGGGCGGGCGGGCGGCCUCGGGUCCUCUGCCGGCGGUUGCGGCCAACGGCACCGCUGCCGGGGACGCGGCAGCACCGGGCGGUGUGCCGCGGUGGCUCGCGGCGGCGGCGUCGACGCCGGGGCAUACGGGGGCUGCGUCUUCGGCGGGGCCCGCGACGGGGCACCAGUCGACGGGGCCGUCGGCAGGGCAGUCACAGGACGCGUCGGUGGACUCGAGGACGGAUGGGCCCAUUGCGGGGCCAGGGGGGCUGCAGGACUCGGCGCCUUCAGGGCCAGGCGUCGCAAGCGGGCCAUUCGUCACGCCCUCCUCAGGGCCGACGGCGGGGUCAGCGGCGGACGCGCUGGCAUCGCGCGUGGCGGGCAUGGGGCUGGGCACGGCCGCGGUGGGGCUCGGGGGGCCGGGCGCGCCGCAGCAUGGCGGCGCUGGGCACGGCGUGGGCGCGGGCGUGGGCCCGGCCGGGACGGGCGUGGGCAUGGGUGCGAACGUCAUGGCUGGCAGCGUCAUGCUGCCCGGCGACCUGCCGCCAGUGGUGCCGGCCUACAGCGUGGCGGCGGCCAAGCAAGUGCUGGAGGCGUGCUAUGCUCGCGGCGUGAUGCCCCAGCUGUCCGACACGGAGUGGAAGCACACGCGGCCGCGGCACCCGGUGGCGGUGCCCGCCUCCUAUCCGAAGACCACGCCAGAGGUGAUUGACAACCCGGCGCUGUUCCGCAAGAUGGACCCGGAGUGCCUCUUCUUCGCCUUCUACUUCCAGCCCAACACCUACCAGCAGUUCCUGGCGGCGCAUGAGCUGAAGCGCCAGUCGUGGCGCUUCCACCGCCACCACAACGCCUGGUUCCAGCGCUUCACGGAGCCGUCCGUGACCAGUGACGAGUACGAGCAGGGCGCCUACGUCUACUUUGACUACAACAUCGUGCACGACGACAUGCAGACCGGCUGGUGCUACCGGCGCAAGGAGAACUUCACGUUCCGCUACGACGCGCUGGAGGACGAGCUGCGCGUGGCCAACCUCACGCCGCAGCAGACCGUGGCCAUGGCCAUGGCGCAGGCCGCGGGGCUGCAGGGGUGAGGGUUGAGGGGUGCGGGGGAGGUCUAGCACUGCGCUAAGCAGGAGGGGCUAUCACUGCGCUGAGCAGGAGGCGGCAAGGGGAGCAGCUGGAGUUGGCAAAGGGAGCAGGAGCUGGAGGGGGAAGGGGGGUUGCAUAGAAUGGGGGUGGGUUGAAGGUGGCCGCUGCAGGGAAGCGGAUUAUCCAGGGAGCCACGGCUCGUAAGGAGGGGCGGCAGUAAGAGGGCCUGGGUUGUGGGUGGGGGCAGGGCUUACUAUGAGUACUAGGAACGGGGCGCCCGCUGCGGGGUUGCUGGUAAGCCGUGUCCCGGGAUGGCUGCGUGUGUGGCGGCGCACUUGGACGUAUCAGAGCCAGCGGCAAGGAAACGGCGCGUUGAUGAUGAUGAUGGCCCGCGACUGCGUUGUACGGUAAUGGACGCUGGAGGCAGCUGCUGGCGGGGCGGUGGCAGGCGCGGUGGCCGCGCGUGCUCGUUGGUGCUCUGGCCUACCGAGCCAGGAUGCUCAGCGCUAUGACGGGUAGCGCUGUAAUGCCUGACCAAUGUGGACGUUUCCGUAUUCGUAAAGCGCC